CUAGCCGAGUAGCAGAAACCAGUUGUGUCUCCCCACAGAGCAGAGCAAGAGCAAAGAGCAAAGACCAAAACCGAGCCCUAACCCGGAGCAGCAGCAAUGAGCAGCAACCGACUGAGAAAAGUGAUUUCGGCGACGUUGCUCUGCGGAGGCGGUUCGUCUCCUACUCCGUCGGAGCGCCGGGAGUUGAACGAAGCACUCAACGAGUCUAUCACUUCAUUUCAGUCCCUCUUGGCUUUUACGGGUCCAUCGGACUCUUCUCGUGCAGAGCUGGAUGAAAUUGAAAUGCCCGAUUCACUUAAUAACGAUGAGGACAUUGAAAUGGUUUUGGAUAUGAGUGAUGAACUGCAUCUCAAUGUGACUCAUUGUGUCCGUUUGAUUCAGUCUGCACAUCUAGAGUGGGCUUCCAUCGGAGGAGCUCCUCAAGACAUUUUGAAGCAUGCAAUACGGCUGUGGUUUAAGGAGAGGAGGGAAAUUCUGGAAGAUUUGUAUACUUUGUUGAGGACUGCAGUACUUGAUCAAGUAGAACCUGAAAUUCAAUCCGACCUUGUCAAGUUUUUGGAAAACAUUUUUAGUAAUGGGCUGAGACAAAGGAUUCUAUCUCUUCUCAAGGAACUUAAUCGAGAAGAGCCAGCUGACCUGGUUGGGCCUCAUUCUGAACCAUGUGUUCUUGAUUCUAGUGGAGUUCUCGUCCGGCGGGAAGAUGUACUGUCCUUGGAAAAGCUCAUACUUGGGCAUUGCCUUUGCCUUUCGACACUGGUUGUUGGCUCAACUCAAGAUGAUAUAAAGGAAAUUUUUCUUUCCUUGAAAGAUUGUUUGUCUUAUCUUGGCCACCGGACAACACGACAUCAGGUUGCUGUUAGUCUUCUUUUCUCUAUUGUGAUCGCAUUUGUAUCAGGUUCUCCAAAUGCAUCUAUAGUGACACUGGAAGAUUCAUUCAAAAAUGAAUUUCAUGAAAUUGUAAUGGCCACCGGAUGUGAUCCAAAUGUUGAGGGCUUUAUUGGCUGCAUAAGAUUAGCUUGGGCAGCGCACAUGAUAGUCACACAAGAUUUGGAUCACCUGGAUUCUUGUUUGGAGCUAGUUUUUCAGAAGAAUGUAUUCCAGUUUAUAUCAGAUGGAAUUCUUGGUACUGCAGCAUAUCAGAACCAUGAUGAUGAGGAUAUGAGCUAUAUAUACAACAUUUAUUUUGGCAAGCUGAUCACCUGCUUGGUAUCUCACCCACUUUCCCUACAAAGGGUCAGACAAUCAAAGGACAUGGCUAUAACAUCACAAGGUCGUGAAACUGGCCCUUUACCAUUUCUCUCUCUCUUGGGACUGGUGGGAAAAAUCUAUGAGAAGAAUCAAGAGCUGUUGUCUGGCAAUUAUGUGUUGUGGACAUUUGUGAAUAUGGUUGGAGAGGGAUCUUUAAAUUUUCAAACCCGUGUGGCUUUCUUGAAUAUGCUGAGUUCAUUGGCCUCUAGUCAAGAAAGCACUUCAAAGGUUUUUGAAUUACUUAGGUGGCGUGAUGAGUUUGAAACAUUCUUUGCUCACUUAACAAGUUAUCAUGCUCGCUUCUUACAACUAGCAGAGGAAGAGGGAAAAGAACUUGCUUCGUAUUUGAAUAUUCUUCAAAAGGUUGUGGAACAUGGAAACCUCCUUGAAUUAAACUCGUUUGCUUACGUAGAACCUUUAUUCAAGCUCCUUCUCUCUGGUGCGCCUCCUUAUGUGAAGGGUGCCUUAUUGGGGGCAAUAAAAGCCUUUGUACACGUCUCCCCAGUCCUAAAAGAUGAAAUUUGGGAGAAACUUGAGGAGUAUGGGAAGAGUGGAUAUAUGCUACGGGUAUAUGAUAUGCAAUUUGAGCUGAAUGAAGUAGAAGCAAUGAUUCAGAACUAUCCUUCGACGAUAUCAUUCCUUGACCUGUUAAACACUCUUCUUCUGGAAGAAAGAGACUUGGAUUGUCUAAAGCAAAGCUGUGUUGCAAUUUUCUUUUGGUUCAUUUAUAAUGAUGUUUUCCGGUUAUUCCCUCAAAGAGCGUAUACAGAUCCUUUUCAGAAAUGGCAGCUGGUAGUUGCUUGCCUCCAGCAUUUUCACACGAUUUUGCGUCUGUAUGACAUCUCUGAGGAGGGCAUCAACAGUGACCUUGUCAAUUCUCAGCGUUCAACAGUAAUACCCAUAGUAGAAUUUCUAGAAGAUUUCACAAGUGGAAAUACUGUUUUCCAAAACAUUAUGUGUAUUCUUUUGCCGGGUGUCAAUGAGCUUAUGUCUGAGAGGACAAAUCAAUUGUAUGGGAAACUUUUGGAGAAGGCAGUCCAACUGUCUAUGGAAAUUAUAGUCCUUGUAUUAGAGAAGGAUUUGCUUGCAGUUUACCAGUGGCGACUGUUGGAAGUUAUGCUCUCUCUAGACUUCAAUCAAAUUUUAGCUCUGUUGGAGUAUGUCGGAUAUUAUUUUGAACCACAAAUUCAGCUGUGCUCUAUCAAGAUCAUGUCUAUAUUGAGUUCUCGCGUGGAUGGCUUCGUGGAGUUACUGCUAAGAUCCAAUGCUGCAAUAUCUUUGAUUGGAAAGUAUGCAGCCUGCCUAGAAUUACGCUCAGAAGUUUGUAAGUCCCUUGAUGAUGCAAGUGAACCAGCUAUACUGAUAAUGAAGCUUCUAGAAGACAAUAUAAGCCAACCAGCUCCCAAUAUCACUCAUUUUCUGCUCCAUUUUGAUCUUGAGAGUCCUACUGGACAGUUUGUGUUACAACCAAAAUUUCCUCACAGUUGUUUGAAAGUUAUUCUUGAAAUUCUGGACAAGCUUUCAAAGCCUAAAGUAAAUAUGUCACUUCAUGAAUCUGGGUUUAAGCUCCUUUAUAAGUUGUGCUCGGAUGCUAAGACACACGAUUCUAUGAUGAAGCUGCUGAGGGGUAAAGAGUAUCUGUUCUUUGCAAAGCACCUAGAUACAAUUGGCGUUUGCCCUCUUCCUGAAGAACAUUCCCUGUGCAUCAGUUCCCUUCACCAGAGAACUUGGCUGUUGAAACUAUUAGCUGUUGAACUUUAUGUUGGCGAUGUCAAUGGAUCCACUGAUCUAGAAGCAUGUGAUAGCAUUCUUGAGCAUCUUUUUGGGCAUGCAAAUGUCGAAAAUACCAAGAGUAAGGUCUUGGAGUUACUUGAGAUAGUCCAAUCUGGUUUGCGGGAUACCAGCAUGGACGUAAAUGCAAACCUUGAUAUGUUCAAGGCCUGGUCAGACAUUAUUGAGAUCUCUGCUUUGAGAAGGAUAUCAUCACUUGGACAACGAACUGAAGUUCUAUAUCAGAUUAUUGUUGUUACUCUGACUACUUACCCUGCCUGUAACGACAAGAUGAGAGAGGGAUUGUGCAGGGUUGCACUGACUUGCAUGAUCAAAUUAAGAGAUGAGAGAUUUUUAUUUCCUGAUGACGACCUGUUAAAGCAUAUAUUGAAAAUUUUUGAACAUAGAUCAUCAGAAUCCUUAAUAGUACGGCAAUAUGGUUUACUUCUUAGCUUUUUCCAGUACUGUCAAAAUGCACUCGAUCCAGAUAUUGAGAUUGAUCCGCCGGAUCCAGAUAGGCUGAUGAACCAAGAACGAGCAGACGCAUUGGCAGAGUUUGCUCUUACUAAUUUCUCUAUAUUAAGGAAAGAAGCUCAACCUAUUCUGGAUUUGGUAAUAAGUGAUGCGAGUCAAGGAAGUGAAAAGAUGAAAACGAUGUCCCUCUAUGUCUUAGAUGCCCUCUUGAUUGUUGAUGAUGAAAAAUACUUUUUACAGAAGCUUCAAACCACUGGUUUUCUUAGAAAUUGCAUUGAGAGUCUGUCUGAUCAGGAGGGUGGAUAUUCUCGAGAGUUGAUGCAGCAAGCACGGACUCUAGAAGCGAAGCUUGCGGUAUUAUUGAGGAUUAGUCACACGUAUGGGACCAUUGGAGCUCAAGUUUUAUUUUCAAUGGAUAUCCUCCAGCAUUGUGCUUCAUGCAGGGCAAUGUCUAUUUUUGGAAUGACGACAUUCACUCCAAUGCUGAGAUUGGUAUUCAGCUUGUUGGUUCUGAUCGAUAGAUAUGACAUUCUCGAGGUUAAAAAUAACAUUGCUUGGGAAGUGGCAAAUUUCGUAAAAUGCCAUAACUCAAUAUUUGAUGACCUUCUCUGGGAAGAAGGUGAUGAGGAACCGAGAGAGUUAGCUCGUAGUAUUGUAAGCAAGGUCUGGCGAUUUGACAGUGCAUUUCCCUGUCAAGAGGCUGUUGCAGCAUCUCCUAGUUCUCCGCAGAAGUAUAGUAUUUUCUUUAUAUGUUGUAUUGUCGUUAUGAUUUUUUAUUUUCUACUUGAUCUUUUGCAUUGUAUUUUUUAUAGCGUUUAGAUCAAAACUAGAUAUUACUAAGAAUUGCCGGCCUUUUUUUGCGAUGAACCAAAUUUGUUGCCCAUCUACGUAUAUUAUUUUAUUUUUUCAACAUUAAUUUCAAAUUGAAUAUGUCA